AUGGCGCGCGGCGGGCGGCGGGGAGCGGAGCGCGGCGGCCCACAGUGCACCGCGGCCCGCGCCCGAGCCGGCCAAUCGGAGAGCGCCCCGGGCGAGGCCCCGCCCCGCGGGAGGCCCCGCCCCGAGGCGGGCCCGACGGGGCGUCCGUGGCGCUCCGGGCCGGGUGGGACGGCGGGGUCCCGGUGGUCCCUGGGGUGGCGGAGCCCGCAGCUUCUCCCUCAGGAAUCCCGGGCACGACGCGGGGAGCGCGGGGACGUGGCGGCCGGCCUCGGCAGCCCCACUCCCGCAUCCUCCUGCGCACGGCCCGCGGCGGCCGGGUCUGUCGGGUUGGGCGGCACCGCAGACCCAGCAGCACCGCGGCCGACCCAGCAGGGACCGCUUGCCGGGGUCAGGGGAAGCACGCGCGGCGAAUUGCUCCAGGCCGAGGGCGCCGGGAAAACCCGGCGGUGGGGACCGAGGGGCGACGGGAGGCCCGGACUCCGGCUGUCUUCCCAGGGGCUGUUGGAGCUGCAGGCUGCUCCGAGGCCGGCCGGAGGGAGGCUUCCAAGGCAGGUUACCUUCAGCUCAUCAUUUAGGAGCCAAGAACCGGGAUGUGGACGGGUGCCCCCCGCCUUGUCCUGGCUCAGGGGCUCGGGUAAAUUCACCGUGCUCGGUUCUGACGAGCAAAACCCGCAGCCAGCGGCGCCCGCACCCCCGACAGCGCAACAGGCCCUCGCCUGGCUGGACCGGGAGCUGCUGCGCCCACCCGCUCUCGCUGUGAUGGGGCAGGGGGCGGGCAGUUGGGGUGGUCUGGAGUAUGCGGCCUGCCGGUGUGGGCUGUGUUGUGGAGAAGGCUCCCCUUACCCGGUGGGCCAGGAAGCUCAGGAGGGGCCGGCGGGCGGCUGGGGCUCCCAGGCCGCGCCCGGAGAGCUGGCCGACCCGGCCGGGGCAGAAGAGGGGUGCGCCCGGGGCCGGGACCCGGAUUCCCGCCGACUCGCUGGAGCCUUCCACAGCUCUUUUUCUCCCUGCUUUGAACAAAGUGGCCGAGAAGCCCCUAAGCCCAGGCAGCCCCCCCGAAUAGCGACGCGAGAGGGCGAGCGGGGGCACCGCAACUCAGGGCGCCCCGUCCCUCAGCGCGCUCGCGCCGCCCCGUCUCUGAAAACCUCAAGUCUGCGUGGCCGCCGCCGCCCCCGUGCCCGUGGGAUCAGAAGGAGCGAGGCCCAGUCCCACGCGUGGCUCAGCCCCGUGGCCGGCAGGGGCGCGGAGACGGGGAGCAGCCGUACCUCCCCCUACCCCCUCCGCGGGGAUCUCACGGCGUUUGCACCCCCACCCAGGGACCUGGCAUCCACAUGGCUGGCAGCCGGGUGGGCUCCAGAGCGACGUGUCACCCAUGGCACCAUCUUCCAGGAGCUGGGCCAGAGCGGCGGCCGCGGUCCGGACUCAGACCCGGGUGGGCCCCUUGCCCUGAGGGUCUCGGCCCAGGAGUGGCCCGAGUGUCCCACGAGUCGUCUGGAAAACGUGCCGUGGCUCCUCGGUCCCAACACCCGCCUCAGUCGGGGCCCAGCGAGCGCCUUGGAAAGGCCGCCAGCCCCGGAGCCGCCUCGCUGUCUGAGCCCCAGGGCCCCUCGAAAGUGGGCUUCCUCACUGGCACCCGAGGCCGCCGCUCGUUUCCUGGAUGUGGCAGGUCCUGCGGCUCCUUUUGAGAAAGCGGCAGCUGAGUGCCCAGGUCCGUGUCACCGCAGCUCGGCCGGGGACCCCCUCCAAGGGGCACAGUGGGCGCGGCCGCUGGGCUCACACCUGCCACCACUGCCCGAGCGUUCCCCGGAGGGGCUGACCACCGUCGGGGCGUGCUGUGGGCCCCGACUCCCGGCUCCCAGGCCGAGGGCGACAGCGGUGGCCUUGUCCGUGGAUCCGCUGGCUGGGCCCGGAGCUGAGGCCAGGGCUGCCCCGGUCAGGGGGCUGCGUGGUGGCAACCCGGGCACCCCCCUGUGGGACGGGGCCCCAAGCCUGGGCUGCUCAGGAAGCCCCGAGCUCCUGCCCCCGCCCCAUCGGGCCCUCAGCAGCCCGGACACCCCCUGCUCACCCCCCAGGGCUGUCACCACCUGGCCUCGCCCCUCCCCACUGACCAGGCAGCAGAGGAGGCAGCGGUUCAGGGUCUUGGAUCAGGACAGGGCUCCACCACGCCAGCUCUGGGACCUCCCCUUGGCCCCCCGUGCCUGCCUCAGGGCCACCAUGGAUGUGACAUGGGCUGUGGGAAGGGCGGCUCGACGACAGACGGAAACUCAGCAGGGCCUCAUCUCAGGGCCCAAGGGACGGAGGCCGGGGCUGGGGGCCGCUGGGUGUCCGGGAAGGAACGAGGACGGGGGACCCGAGCAGCUCCUGGGGGCACAGCGUGGCCCUUCCUGCCCCAGUGGGGUCCUACCCAUAGCUCAAGGGUGGACCCCCCCACCCUGGACAGUGCGGGGGAGCAGCCCCUCCUCUCCUGGCCUGGGUGGGGACAGGGGUGACCGAGUCCCUGAUGUGCUGCUGAGCACCAGCGUCCCCCAGCUCCUCCUGACCCAGCUGCUCCAGCUCCUCCACAAGGUGGGCUUUGCCGGCUGCCUUGGGGACGUGCAGGCUCGACUCCCCCGAACCUGCCAGCUGUGGGGCUGCCCCGGGCUGCCAGCCCCCCAGCCUGCAGUGCUGCCAGCAGAGGGCGCCCAAAGCCUCAGGGCUCCAGGACCCACUGGCCCCCCCACUCCAUGCGGGGCCGGCUGGGCCCAUGCCUGGUCGGAGAUUCCUUUCCUGGGCUCUGCGGGGAUGGGUCUGAAGCCAUGUUUGUAUGAGCGAGCUUUCAAGUCCAUCCUUGAUCCUCGAAAGGGGCUCUUCCUCGCUGGGGUGGGCGCCGUGGGCAGUACGUGGGGUCCAGGCACCCGCCUGGGCAGCGUGGAGCCCUAG